UUAAGUGUUUAUUUAUAUGUGUCGAUAUAAAUAUAUAAUUAUAUAGAAAAAUGAUUGUGAAAUAUAAUUAAACCCCAUCAUCUCCUUCUUCCUUCGUGAAACCUACUCGCCGCCGUUCAACCUCCAUCUCCGUCCGCCAUUCGUUCCGACGCCGUCCACCGCUCGCCGCCGCUUCCUCUCAGUUGAAGCCGAAUAUCUCCGUCCGGUAGAGUCCGAGCCGCAUCUCCGUUGAAGCCGAGGCGUUCCGCCAAGCCGUGUCCUCCGUUCGUGCUUCUAUUCGGCCUUCCCUACUAUUGGGCUCACUAGCUCAGCUUUGGCUACAUAUGGAAUCGUUAGCGCGAUAAGCUCAAGCCGUAAAGUUUCCGCCUUUCUAAACCUUUACUGUACCCAUCACUGAGCUCCAGCUGCUGCUACUGCUGCUGCAAUUUAUCCGGAAAACAAUCUCCCAUGGCGCUUGUACAACAACACCAUCUCACAUACCCAUUUCUUUCCAUUGCCGGGGCCAAUCUGAAACAAAAUACUUCCAAUUCUUUUUCAUUUUUUCAAUCCAAUACCCAGAAGCUCGCCUGCUGCUUAUGUGCAGCAUCCCCGAACCCCUCCACUCAAUCUCCAUCCCCCAUUUUCCUUCAUUUGUUCGAAGAAGAAGAAGAAGAAGAAGAAGAAGAAGUCCCUUCUAAGGAAGGUCAUGGAGGUAACAAGACGGAAGAGGAUUGGAACGACCCAUUAUUCAGAUUUUUCAAAUCCCAAACUUCAACGACGCAAGACCCAUCACGUGAAAGCAAAUUGCCCCUCCAAAAGAACCGCCGUUCGUCCUGGCAUCUUGCCUCCGAUGUUGAAUUUUUCAAUGAAGCUGAAGUUACACUGGAGGAAGACAAGGAACAAUUGCGUUCUGCGAGUCGGAAUUCUAGGGUCUUACCAGGUGGUCCUGUCGGAGAAAUAGUGGGAAUUGCGAGGAAUUUGUCGCAAAAUAUGACUCUGGGGGAGGCUUUGGGAGAAUUUGAAGGAAGAAUUAGCGAGAAGGAAUGUUGGGAGGUGCUGCGUUUGUUGGGUGAGGAGAAUCUUGUGGUAUGUUGUUUGUAUUUCUUUGAAUGGAUGGGUUUGCAGGAGACUUCGCUUGUUACAUCUCGUGCCUAUUCUCUUCUAUUUCCAUUGUUGGGAAGAGCUGGAAUGGGAGAGAAAAUUAUGGUCUUGUUCAAGAACCUUCCACUCAAGAAGGAAUUUCAGGAUGUUCAUGUCUAUAACUCUGCAAUUUCUGGACUUAUGGUCUGUAAGAGGUAUGAUGAUGCUUGCAAGGUGUACGAGGCCAUGGAAACAAAUAAUGUUAAUCCAGAUCAUGUGACAUGUUCUAUAAUGAUUACAGUUAUGAGAAAAAUUGGCCGCAGUGCAAAGGAUUCGUGGGAUUACUUUGAGAAAAUGAACCAAAAAGGAGUAAAAUGGAGUUCUGAAGUUUUGGGUGCUCUGAUUAAAUCGUUCUGCGAUGAGGGGCUGAAGAGUCAAGCACUUAUCCUACAAUUGGAGAUGGAGAAGAAAGGGGUUGCUUCGAACGUGAUCAUGUAUAAUACGAUCAUGGAUGCUUUUAGUAAAUCGAAUCAAAUCGAGGAAGCUGAAGGUGUCUUUGCUGAAAUGAAAUCUAAAGGAGUGAAACCAACGAGUGCAAGUUUUAACAUCUUGAUGAAUGCAUACAGUAGGAGGAUGCAACCUGAGAUUGUUGAGAAGCUUCUGGUUGAAAUGAAGGAUAUGGGAUUGGAACCUAAUGUAAAGUCAUACACUUGCUUGAUUAGUGCUUAUGGGAGGCAGAAGAAAAUGAGUGACAUGGCUGCAGAUGCAUUUUUGAGAAUGAAAAAAAAUGGUAUUAGGCCAACCUCUCAUUCAUAUACAGCUCUGAUUCAUGCUUAUUCUGUUAGCGGUUGGCAUGAGAAAGCUUACUCAGCCUUUGAGAACAUGUUGCGUGAAGGUUUAAAGCCAUCCAUUGAAACUUACACGACUCUACUCGAUGCGUUUAGGCGUGCUGGUGAUACAGUGUCAUUGAUGAAAAUAUGGAAGUUAAUGAUUAGAGAAAAAGUACUAGGGACAAGAGUAACUUUUAACACAUUGCUAGAUGGGUUUGCAAAACACGGUCAUUAUGUUGAAGCAAGAGAUGUGAUCUCUGAGUUUGAUAAGAUUGGGUUACAACCAACUGUUAUGACAUACAACAUGUUGAUGAAUGCAUAUGCUAGGGGAGGUCAACAUUUAAAGCUGCCACAGCUGCUGCAAGAGAUGGCUGCUCGGGACCUAAAACCCGACUCCGUUACUUAUUCUACCAUGAUUUAUGCCUUUGUACGUGUUCGCGAUUUCAAAAGAGCUUUCUUCUAUCACAAGAAGAUGGUAAAAAGUGGACAAGUGCCUGAUGUAAAGUCAUACCAGAAACUUAAAUCGAUCUUGGAUGUAAAACUUGCUACAAAAAACAGGAAAGACAAGAGUGCCAUUCUUGGUAUAAUAAACAGCAAAAUGGGUAUGGUGAAAGCUAAGAAGCAGGGCAAGAAAGAUGAGUUUUGGAAGACCAAGAGAAGGCAUGUAAGAACUCAAGACAGUUUCUCCCGGUGAACAAACAAAAAUGAAGACAGAAAGUUGAAUUGACCAUCCAUUUGGGCUUUUGAUGAAUGGAUGGUCAUCUCUUAUCCAUCAUAGGAUAAGCUAAAGAGGUCCAAUAUUUGGCAGAUGGGCAGGGCGUUUGUUCAACAAAUUGAGAUAAGGAAGUGUCAAAAGGGUUUAUAACAAAACAUUGGCCCAAUGGAGGAAAAGGAGGAGAAAGUCAAAGCAGCUUUUGAAGAAUCAAGAUAUUUGUGCAUUGGCUUAGACAGAUUAAUAAUCAAUGAUGAAGAAUAUUGUACUUUAGGUAAAAGGAGGUCAGAACUCUUCUUUUUACACGUUGUAAAGAGGUUUGUUCUCUACAAUUUCCGAUUAGAAAAUGAAAAGUGGACUAUCUAGGUUAUGUGGGCUUGGUUUUUAAACUCCUUGUAUUUAUUUCUCAAUGAAAGUUGGUCUGUUGUAAAGAAAUAUAUAUAAAUUUAUAUUUUGUAGAGUAUACUCAACUA